UUAACUGUGAUUAUGUAAAUUUCAUAUCACUCAAUUUUAAUAUUUCAUAACAGAUGUCAUUUAUGGUUGUGAAGUUUCUGCAUGAGAAAGCUGUUGAGGGUGUUCAUAAGUCAUGGAUAAUGAAGAAAGAAAAUGCGAGUUUUUCCUAAAAUGAUGCUGAUGGUGCAUGGUCUUAGGUUUAGGGAGUAAAUAACUGUCAGAACUCUGUCUCAUAAGAAAUACCAGUAUGACAAUUAAGUAGUAAGUAAUUUUUUUAAAGUAAAAUUCUUGUUUUUGUAUGUGCAUUGACAAUCUGCUGACCAUGCAACUUCAGGGUGUGUAUUGUUACUGGCCUCCUGGGUGCUUCAGUCAAGGUUAAGAAGGAAGAAAUGCCUGAUAAGGAAAAAUGAUGUUUAUAUGAAAUCGAAUAUUUUCAUUUGCAGGUAUGACAGUUGUACAUAAUGAACGAAUAUCCAAGUCAUAACAUAUAUGUAAUGGCCAGUAAAAAAUAUAUACUGACAUCAAAAUUUUUUCGUAGAAACUCAUACCAAUAUAUACCAAGGCUCUUGGAUGGGCUAAGAGGGCAGAGGAUACAUCAAACAUAGAAACAAUUUGAAGGUCUCAAAUGCAAAACUACCAAAAAGCCUGCAAAAUUUGGCUUUUCAGAGGAUGAAUAGGCUGAUGGUAUGACAUGUCAUUACUUUUACAUAAUUAUAUUGUAUGGUUUGUAAUAGUAACCUAUGGAAACUUUUACUGAAUGGUUAGUUUAUAAUUGAGUUUGGUUAUAAUUAUUUAUGGUGUUCAUUUAUAAAGUCUAUAAUGACUUACAUGCUUGUAAACAAAUAUAUAAAGAUGAAGAUGAGGGUAGUCUGUAGCUGCAUCCUACACCAAAUGUGGCUGUGUUGCCACAAUCUCCUUAGCACAGUGAAGUAAAUGGUAAGGAUAACUGAUUUUUAACUGCAAAAAACUUUCUUUGUUAGUAUGUAUUAUCUGGUAGUCUCUUUUUACAGUUUCAUGAGUUCAGAACCAUCAUAUAAAAGUCUUUUUUGAUCAUCUUUCCAGUUGCACCUUCUAGCUUAAGCAGUCAGACCAAGCCAACAACUAUCCAUCAAAGAUUUUUCACUCCAAAUAUUUACAAUAGUUAGUCUUCUUCUUCUUUUGGCUGCUCCCAUUUAGGGGUCACCACAGCAGAUCACUGUUCUCCAAUGCGCUCGAUCUUCUGCGCCUUCCUCUGUCAUGCCCACCACUUGCAUGUCUCCCUUCACAGCAUCCAUAAACCUUCUCUUUGGUCUCCCUCUCUUCCUCCUGCCAGGUAGAUCCAUGUCCAGCAUCCUUCUCCCCACAUAUCCCUCGUCACUCCUCCUGACAUGUCCAAACCAUCUCAGCCUAGCCUCCCUUGCAUUGUCCCCAAACCGACGUAUGUGUGUUGUUCCUCUGAUGUAAUAAUUUCUGAUUUUAUCCAUCCUCGUCACUCCAAGAGCAAAUCGUAACAUCUUCAAUUCCGCUACUUCCAACUCUGCUUCCAGCUUUUUUGUUAGUGGUACUGUUUUUCCAUACCAUACAGCAUGGCAGGUCUCACUACUGUUUUAUAAAUCUUUUUCUUUGUUCUCAAGGAAACCUUUCUAUCACAUAUCACUGCUGCCGUCUUCCUCCACCCAUUCCAUCCCGCUUGCACUCUCUUCUUUAUCUCCCUACCACAGUCUCCAUUACUCUGUACCAUGGACCCCAAAUAUCUAAAUUCAUCAACCUUUUUCAUUUGCAAACCUUGUAGCCUUAUUGUCUCCCCAUCACCUCUGUUGAGACACAUGUACUCAGUCUUGGUCCUGCUCACUUUCAAUCCCCUUCUCUCCAGUGCAUAUCUCCACCUCUCUAACUCUGUCUCCACUUCUUCCUGGUUUGUACAUGUCCUUCACCACCUUCACAUACUUCUCUGCCACUCCCAAGCAUCCUCAUGCAAUACCACAGCUCUUCACAAUAGUGUUUUUAUGUAUUUUGGUCUUGGUGAAAAUUUUCAUCAUUGUCUAAAUAUAAGUUGUUCACCUUCAUCAAUGCUAUCAACACUUUCCUUACAGAAAGAUUUGAUGCAUCUCCCAGAGACAGCUCUCCACUGCACCAUUAACAAAAAAUAUGUCAUCAAACAUGACAGAAUAAAGAACUACAUGUCAGUAUCCACUCCAAAGGUCCCACAAAGGUUAAAGGAGAAAACGCCUACUGAACAAAAGGUCUAAAAGGACAUGUAGCUGUGCCAGAGGCAGAGGCUGCAGUGAUGUGGAAGAUGUGUUGCCAGCUCCAGUAUGCAGUUUAGAGGAGCUGGAUGACCUGUGCACUAAAUUGGCUGAUGAAACAUUCAAAAGGAAAUUGACACUGUAUUUGUCAUCUUUAGGAGGGCACAACCUUGGAGGCACAGUUCAUAGGAUUUUUAAAAAGCUUGGGAGCAAUGGUGUGUGGUCAUCAUACAGCUUAAAGGGAAGGAAAGCUAGCAUUUACUGAUCUUCCUAUCUGCAAAGUUGUCAUCCGUACAUGAGCAUGCUUAAGAAACUUCACCAAGGCAAAAUUAUCUGAAGUGGAAUGUGAAAUUUGAGAGGCCCUAAAGCAUGCACCUAAAAGAAAAGGUGCUCCAAAGUACAAGGUGAGCAGUGAAUUUAAUGUGCUCUGUUUUGAUAUUCCCACAACUUUAUCACUUUUAAUUUUCAAGUAAUAAAGAAUAUGCAUUUGGUAUUAAAGCAGCACCUCAAUGUGCAUCUCAUCCCCUUCGCCAUUCUGCUUUUCAUUCCACUUGUAAAUGCACCCAUACUCCAUCAUAUGCACACUCUCAAUAGUCUUGCCCUAUCAUCUAUCACUCCACAUGCUCCUCUCAGGUCACUCAUUUCCACUGCACACAUUCUUGACUGCUCUUCCCUAUUCCCAGUCCAUGUCUUGAAAACUGUGCACUAUUAUUGAUAGGGUAAAAAUGUUUCUUAAACAUCUCUUAAAACCCCUAUAAAAACAUUCCUAAUUUUCAUAAGCUUUGCAAUAACUUUUGAUUCCUAAAAAUGUCUACUUUCUCAACCUAACAUCAUAAGUUUCUUUCCACGUGAACCUGAGCCUAAGAGGUCUAUGAGACACAAGUGUUUAGUACAAGAGUCAUCAGAUUCUAAUGACUAGCCACAGUUGAAAUAAGGACAGAUGCCAAGGUAUACAGUGCCCCAGGAGCCCCCUACAGUAUGAGGUAUUCCACCUGCACACUCCUGUCCUCAUUCUUCCAACUCUGUCUCCCACAUGACCAUCAUUUCCUACCUGUUCUCUCUCUCUCUCUCAAUGUGGUAAAUGGGGGUGAGCAAGGAAGCCGGUGCUAAUUCUCCCUGACACCAUAAAAAGUGUCACUGAUUAUUCUCUUCUCAUGUACUAAGUGAAAUUUAUUUUCUUUUUUUAAGUUUAUUAUAUAUUUUUUUUUAUUUUAAUUUAUUUCUAUACUACUACCAGAAGAGGCCUACACAUUUUUCUUUCAUUACCAUGCACUAGAAGACUCUCUCUCUCUCUCUCUCUCUCUCUCUCUCUCUCUCUCUAAGUUAAAGAAGAUGUUCUUUCCUGAACGUUUUUGUUUUGCCUGUGCCUUACCUAGUGUCCCUACUUUUUCAAAAUGUGGCUAUCAAUUAGUGGCAUUUGAUAAAGGAUAUAUCUGCAGCAGGAAGGUAAAGUUCAGUAAUAACAACACCAGUCAUCCCUUUCCUAAACAAUUGAGCAAACUCUCAUUUGCAUGUCUAACACUUCCUGAAACACUUGCAUAAUUAGACAGUAACAAAAUACAUUAUUACAUUUAUUCUGAAUAUCUGUGACUCACAACCAUAGUUCAAAAGUAAAGAAUAAGAAAAAAAUAAUAAAGCACAUAGUAAUGUCAAAUCUUUAUAUUCACAUACUUUUUUAUUUUAUAACUAAUGAUGUCCCUGAAUUUUUGACAAUUGUAAUUAUUUUAUUGUUGUCUAAUUAUGGAACAGUGUUUUAGAAAGUGUUGGACAUGCAAAUGAGAAUUUGCUCCACAGUUAAGGAAAGGGAUGACUGAUAUUAAUUUAUCUGAACUGCAUGAAUUUUCAAUGUUGGUCUUUAAUUUUCAAUACCGAUAUGCUUUACUUAACCCCAAGGUGUAAGGUGUUUGUUCUUACUGGAUGAAUAUCAUUAUGCAGAAAAUGUUAGUUAUAUAAAAGCUGGAAUUUUUGUUAUAUAAUUAUGGCUUACAAGGAAUGUACUAUUUUUGUGGGUAUAUAUUUAUGGCUCAUGUGAAAUGUAUUAUCUUUGUUAAUAUACUAUAUGGCCUUCCUGAAAUGUACAGUUUUUGUUAUUACAUCUCAAUGCCCCUGAAAUGUACUAUUUUUGUUAAUAUAUACCAAUUUAUGACUUACUUGUCAAGUACUAUUUUUGUUAACAUAUAUUUUAUACCCUUCCUGGAAUAUGUUAUUUUUGUUCAUAUAUAUUCAUGCCAUUCUUGAAAUGUACUAAUUUUGUUGAUUUUUUUGUUAGUAUGGGCUAUUUGUGAACUCUCUGAUUAUGCACUCUUUCUAUUUGUUAAUAUAUGUUUUACUGGGUAUAUAUUAUUUCUGUUAGAAUAAAUUUCUCCAUGUUAACAACUUCUUUGAAUGUAGACUUUUCAUUAUCAUCACAAUAACAUUAGUUAAAAGUGCUAUGUAAGUGGUUAGGAAGUUACUUUUUCCAAGUACACUUCUAUGUUAUUUCCAUGUUAUUUCUAGUUAUUUCUACAGAUCUACAGUGAUUUCACAUAAAAAUGUAAUGUUACUGCAACGAUGGUGCAAUGAGGUGAUCACAUAGUGACCAUGUAAAUGUGUUUGCUGGGUAAGAAGUGCAAACACAAGCCAAGAAAGCCAAGUGUGGUGGCCAUAGUGGCAGCAGCAAGGGCAGUAGAAGUAGAAAGAUGAGAAGCAGAGCUAGCAUUAGAAGACAUGGUAAAAGAACUAGAGAUUUAAGUGUUACCACUUCUCAGAACCAUUUUAUCAAAAUAAAAAAAAAGUACACAUGAAAAUAUACAGAUGAGAUAU